CCAUUCUUCACCAAUCUCGUCUCCAAUCACAACACUCCUCUUCAUCUCUCUCUCUCCUAAAAAAAUGGCCAUUCUGCGACUCGUCGCUCUCGCUUCUGUUCUCGCUUUCUUGUCGCCGGCAGCCGCCCGCAUUCUAGGCGUCUACACCGGAGGGGCGUGGCAGAGCGCCCACGCCACCUUCUACGGCGGCAGCGACGCCUCCGGCACCAUGGGAGGGGCGUGUGGGUACGGGAACUUGUACAGCCAGGGGUACGGGGUGGAGACGGCGGCGCUGAGCACGGCGCUGUUCAACGAGGGGCAGAGCUGCGGCGCGUGCUUCGAGAUCAAGUGCGCCGACGACCCGAGUUGGUGCCACCGGGGAAGUCCCUCCAUCUUCAUAACUGCUACCAACUUCUGCCCGCCGAACUACGCUCUCCCCUCCGACAACGGCGGGUGGUGCAACCCGCCCCGCCCCCACUUCGACCUCGCCAUGCCCAUGUUCCUCAAGAUCGCCGAGUACCGCGCCGGCAUCGUCCCCGUCUCUUACCGCAGGGUGCCGUGCCGGAAACCUGGGGGGAUCCGGUUCACCAUCAACGGGUUCCAGUACUUCAACCUGGUGCUGAUAACGAACGUGGCCGGCGCCGGCGACAUCGUGAGGGUGAGCGUGAAGGGGUCGCGGACGGGGUGGAUGCCCUUGUCCCGAAACUGGGGCCAGAACUGGCAGUCCAACGCCGUGCUGGUGGGGCAGUCCCUCUCCUUCCGCGUCACCGGCAGCGACCGCCGCACCGCCACCUCCUGGAACGUCGUCCCGGCCAACUGGCAGUUCGGCCAGACCUUCGCCGGCAAGAACUUCCGAUUCUAAUACAUCAAAUCCACGGCAACAAAAAAGGGCGGGGAGUCGGAAAUUAAGAAGUCUUCUUUCCCGCCUUGGAGAUAGAAGAUACCUACAUUUUAGUUUCUUUUUUUUUUUUUUCUUUUGAUCUUCUUGUCGCCAGAUAUCCAAGUUGGUAUGGAUUGUGUUGGUUUUUAGCAGCUGCGAAAGGUGAAAAGAGUGAGAUUGAGAGAGAGGAAAGAAAGUGAAGACAGAGAGAAAAAGUCGAUAUAAAUGUGUGUGUGUGUGUGUGGGUGAAAUGAACUUUUUUUGACUGGAAUGGGGAGGGUGGAGUGGUGGCGUCGUUACUUGUUCUAGGUGGUGGGAAUAGACGCAACGGCAGCGGCUGAAGUGGCUGCAGGACUAGUAUAAAAAGUGUCCUUGUAGCCCGCAGUUGCUUAAUAUAUCUAAAUUGUCUGAAUGUAACGUGAUAAACUGAUAAUAUGAUAUAUUUAGUUGUGAUGGUGA